UAAUAAAAAGUUCUCUCAACCUUGUUUUUAUCAUGCUCUUAACUCUUCUUUCAUCUUCUCUUUCACAGUACUGCAUAACGGACGGCGCCGGUAAUUUUCGUCGGCCCUCUGUGGAGGAUAUCAAAAAACAUCGAAUAGUUGUAGUAACUCUCAGUAUAUCCAUGGAACUUGCCAAUCUCGGCCUACCCAAAGGUUACUUCACACACAUCUUUCUCGACGAAGCCGCACAGGCUAUGGAAUGCGAGGCCAUCAUGCCUUUAGCGCUGGCUAACGACAGCACACGCAUUGUCUUGGCCGGUGAUCACAUGCAAAUGAGCCCUGAACUAUUCUCUGCCUUUGCAAAGGAGCGCAAGCUGCAUAUUUCGCUGCUCGAACGUCUAUACGAUCAUUAUCCCUCAAAUUUUCCAUGCAAAAUAUUGCUUUGUGAGAACUAUCGCGCCCAUGAAGCCAUUAUUAAAUUUACAUCUGAACUGUUUUACGAACAAAAACUAAUCGCUUCCGGCAAGCAACCACGUCACGAGCGUUUCUAUCCGCUGACGUUUUUCACCACGCGGGGUGAAGAUGUCCAGGAUAAGAAUUCAACAGCAUUUUACAACAACGCUGAGGUGUAUGAGGUAGUAGAACGCGUGUCGGAGCUUCGUCGCAAAUGGCCCAUCGCUUGGGGUAAGGUAAACGAUGCCAGCAUCGGUAUAAUGACGCCCUACGCCGACCAGGUGUUUCGCAUACGUUCAGAGCUGCGCAAGCGCCGCAUGGGCGGCAUAUCUGUGGAACGAGUACUCAACGUGCAGGGCAAACAAUUUCGCGCUGUCUUCCUUUCUACUGUGCGCACGCGCGCCACUUGCUUGCCGCAAAUGAUGAACGCCCUUGUCGGACCUGCCGGCAUGCAUCCAGGCAUGGGCGGCGGUCCCAUGAGCGCGCUGGGCAGCGUGCCUGCAGAAGAUACUGACUUCGGUUUCCUAAGCAACUCCAAGCUUCUAAAUACUGCGAUUACACGCGCACAGAGUUUGGUCGCUGUGGUUGGCGAUCCAGUGGCGCUCUGUUCGAUCGGGCGCUGUCGCAAGGUAUGGGAGCGAUUUAUCGAAAUAUGUGACGAGAACAAAUCGUUAUUUGGCAUCACGUGGUCGUACUUGCGCUCGCAAUUGGACGGUGUAGAAUUGAAGCGCGGUUAUGUGUUGAAUCCGCUAGCGCCCGAAUUUAUACCGCGCGCCAUGCAACCUGAAGCGUAUUUGCGCGAUCAAACAGCCAUGUACUUGAUGGGUGCUGCGGCUGCUAACGCUAGCAAUCAUCACGGUGCACCACAUCCCGGAGCGGGUCCCCAUCAUCCAGGAGGUCCAUUGCCGCCACACGCUGCCGGUAUGUUGGCCGCUGCGGCUGCGGCAGGCGCUGGCGGCGGCCCAGGUGGUACGCAAAUGCAACCGCAUCACGCCGCCAUGGCCGCCGCCGCCAACCAUCAACAACAAAUGCAAAUGCAGAUGUACGCGCAGCAUCCUGCCGCUGCAGCAGCCUACAACGCAGCCGCAGCCGCGGCAGUCAUGAUGAAUCAGAGCAUGGCCGCUGGAAAAGGUGGUGCUAGUGGACAUCAUUUCCCUGGCCCCGGACACGGACCGAACCACAUGAAUAUGCGCGCGAUGGGACCACAUCAGCCAGGUGGCCCUCAGCAACAACCAGGGCCGCCGCCUUCGGGACCGCUGGGACAGCAAUAUAAUAUGCGUGGGCCACCGCCGCCACCAUCUGCCGUGCAUUUACCACAACCGCCACCACCCGGUACCACUGGUCCGCCGUCACAAUUCGCCGCACAGUACAUGCCGUGGCAACAAGCACAACAACUUCGUGGUGGCCCACCAGGCAGCGGUGGUACAGGAGGUAACUAUCCACCACCGGGUGCACAGCAGCAAGGACCUCCACAAUCACAAAAUCCGAACGCUAGUCUGUGGGGACCGCCACCGCAGUCGAAUCCGUGGAGCGCGCUGCCUAACAAGCAAGCACAGAUGCCGCCACAACCGCCGCCAAACAGUAUUGGUGCCGGCGGAGGAGCACGUCAAAUGGGGCCACCGCCACCUAAUUCACAGCAACAACAGCAGUCGGGCGCGGGAAUGCGUGGCGGUAGCGUGCCACUACAACCACCACCGCCUAACGCGCAACAGCUACGGGCCAACUCGAAUGACAUGGGUUAUUUGACGAAGAAGGGUUAUGGGCCGCAUGGCGCACCGAUUGGACCACAGCAGCAGCCGCCACCACCGCAUGGCUCUUUUGGAGCGUACGUUGGUGGCAACGCGCCACCUCCACCGCCCAGCCAAUUACAAUUGUUGAAUCAACGCAAUUUGGGCGGAGGCAUGCCAAAUGGGCCCAUAAGUCCACUUGAUCCAUAUAUGCAGCGAGGACAGGGAGGGGGCAGCGCUCAGGCCGGUGCACCGCAAUCAUCAACAAACUUCUUUGGUGGAGCUGGCGGUGUGAAUAACAUCUCUGCGCUAGGUAAGGAUAGCAAAGACUUCCAGUUUCUUAACAAUGUGCAUAUGCCGCAACUGAAUUUAGGCGGCAGCGGCGGUGGCGGCAGCAGUGCUGGCGCCAAUAAUCUUUUCCAACCUCCGGGUGCUUUGCAGCCACCGGCGCCAGGCAACAACAAACAGCAAUCGCCUUCAGCGCCGCGCUUCCCCCAACCGCAGGAGUAUGCAGCGCUACUGCCACCAAAUAUGAGCAUAUAUGACAUGGCAUUCGAGCCGAAGGAAUCGCAAUACAAGUGGUGCCUCAAGUUGCUCGAAACACACGGCCAAGAAGCGGUCAACAAAUUCACCGAGGGUCUGGGACAAGUCUUGAAUAUGCUCAACCAACAGCAACAGCAACAACAGCAUGCCCAACAACUAAACGCACGUGGCCCACAAAUGCAGCCACCACCACCGCCGCCACAUCUGAAUGUCAACCAACUAUUGCCGCGGGACCUAAUGCAGCAAUAUAUGCUGCCCGCUUUGAUGGGGGGUGGCAAUAGCGGUGUGGGACCGCAGCCACCUAUGCAACAGCAGCAACAACAACAACAUCAGCAGCAGCAACGCAACAGCCUAAUAGGUAGCGGCAUGCAUCACACAUACCCCAUGAACCCGUUGGCGGCCGCUGCUUUGAGCAACCAGCAAGGACCACAACAGCAGCCACCGCCGCCACCUUCUUUACUUCCGCCGCCCACAGACGAGACACCGCCUCUGGAUGGCAUAAAUUUCAAUCAGCAAAUUGAUUUGGCCUUUAACACACUGUUGAAUGGGAACAACGCACAGCCAAUAUUGCGCAAUCUCUUCAGCAACACUAGCAGUCGCGGUACAAACGCCAACAGUCUAAUGAAUGGUGGUGAUUUUCUGCUACCGUCCAGCACGUCGACAUCUUCAUUGGUCAGCACCAGCACUUCGGCAUCUGGCGGUGGAUUGAGUGGCGGUCUUGAGCCGCCUGCACAGCAACAGCAAAUGAAGCUGUUCCCUGGCUUAGGUGGUGGCGGCGGCGGCAGCGGCGUUGGUGAUUUGGGCGGUGGAAACAUUUUGGUUUCGGCAUUACAGCAGCCGUUGUUAAACAGCAUGCAAAAGGGGCCGUUGUUUGCGCCCAUGCCACAUCAGCAGCAGCAACAACAACAGCACAUGCAUGGCCAGCCGCCGACACAGCAACAACAGCCCCCAGUUGGUGGUAGUUUCUUGGGAGGAAAUUCCUUGUUGAAUAGCAAAGACUACUUGCUGGGCGGCGAUGACAGCCUAUUGAGUGGUGGCUCAAGUGUGCCACUGUACCGACGUCAGGCAAUGGGCAACGGCAGUUUGAACAACACUUUGAGUAACAGCAUUAGUAUGAGUGGCAACAGCGCUGGCGGGAAUAGUCACAGCCACAGCCACAACAGCAAUCACAGCAACUACAAUAGUGUGACUGGCCACAGUGGCACAGGUGGUGGAAGCAAUGUAAGCGGCCAUCUUUUGCCACCACCUGACAACAUACUUACCGGAGGCACUACUGACAUACUGGCCGGGUUGAAUACAAGUGCAAGCAAUCUGAUCGAAGCGCUAUUCCAAACAAACUCCACAACAAGUUCUGCCCCCAGCUCGGUAUCGAAUAACACAAUUACAACGACAACUGGGCUAGAGCAGCAGCAACAACAACAGCAGCAGCAAUCUAGCGGAGGCAGCAACAGCAGCUCAUUUCAGAAGAUGUUUAACAGCUAUGACAUUUACGGCUCGUCCGCAGCGACGGCGAAAAAAUAUGAAUUGGAUUUGUUCAUGCGCGAUCAUCAAUUGGGAGUUGGUGCAGGUGGUAGCGGUGGCAGUGGCGUUGGCGGAGUCGGCACUGGUGGCAAUGUUAGCGGUGGUAAUAGUGGCGGUGGUGAUGCACCACUUACCAAUAAUCAUCACACGCAUUACCACAAUAACAAUGCCGAUAAUCGCAAUAGCACCACUUAUGCAGCAGUGCUAAGCCAGGGUCAACAUCACCAACAACAGCAACAGCAGCAACAACAUCAUCAGCAACAGCACCAUCAUCA